UAUUGUCUGAACCAUAUAAGUUGUUUGUCCUUUACACGCAUAAGCAAACUUAAUAAGUAUUUACAAAACCGAUUGACAACCAACGAUUCAAACCAUUAUCGUUGGUAUUAUAUAUUAUUGGUUAUACAUAUAUUAUUAUCGUUGGUUAAAAUCGUCAAGAUGAAGUUGCUUUUUGUUUUGUCUUGUGUUUUGUUUGUUCAAAGUGCAAAGAAAUUGCCUUCUUUUGUCGAAGUAUGUCCUCGAGAUAAUAAGGAGGCAUCAGAAUGUCUAGCACGAAACGUGAAGAAUCUAACACCAAUGCUUGGGAAGGGAAUACCGGAACUUUUUAUACCUCCGUUAGCACCACUUGUCUUACAGUCAGCUGAAAUAGCAACUAGUCCAAGUUUUACAUGUAGUCUAAAGAACGCUAAAGUAUACCACUUGGAUUCCAUAGUAAUGACUGAUGUCUUCAUAAAUUUUGACACAAAAUCGUGGGGUGCGGACGUAUUCUUUCCGGUGAUAGAAGUUGAAAGUGAUUACAAGAUGAACGGAAAAAUUCUAGUACUUGAACUAAACAGCGAAGGAAAGAGUCGAGGAAAUAUGACUAAUAUCAAAACGAAUGUACUUGUUUUCUUUGACGUAGUGACAAGGAAUGGUAAAGAACAUCUUCACAUUACAGAUACAAAGAUAAAAAUGGACAUAGAAAAAUGCGCUUUUGAAUUCGAUGAUCUAUUUAAAGGCAACGAAGACCUUACUCAACGCGCCAAUCAAAUUUUAAAUCAAAAUUACAAAGUGCUUUUGGAGGAAUUUUCACCCGUAUUUGAAAAAAUAAUAGCCACUCUUACCGAGAAUGUCGUUGAAAGUAUUUACAAAAAAUACCCUUUUGAUAUUUUAUAUCCAAAAAAGAAUUAACCCGAAUCAGUUAUGAGGAGAAGAAGAACACCAACAAAAUUACUGCUAUACGGGUUAAUUAACAAAAUAUUGUAUUCAUUUUUUAAAAAAUAAAUAUUUUAAAACUG